UUUUUUUUAAAAAAAAAAACGCACCCAAAGCCGGGCCAACUAAGCGCGGGAAAAAUUAACUUUAGUGCAGAGCAGGUGAGAACUGAGAAGUCAUAGAAAAGCCUGAUUUUUGAGGCUUGGAGAGAAUUAGGGUUAGGGUUUGAAUUGAAAAGGGGCAAAAUGGAGGAAGAUAAGGGAACAACAGGAAAAAUAAACCUACGCCAGAAAGACAAAGAAGAGGAAGUAAAUAUAAGUGGUCAAGUCCAUCACCUGCCAUGCUGCAUCAAAUUCAAUGGUCCUUGCUCUGUUUCCCAAUACUUCAGACCCAAAGCCAAAGGGAUGGAAAUUGAUGGGUUAGCAGUAGAGGAAGCACAUUUUAGAGGAAGGAAGCUUCAAGGAACUACUAUUUCUAUUCCAAAUGGAUAUUCUGGCUUUGUUCUGGGAAAGAACAACUCUGGCAAAAGAAAAGCUUGUAAUGUAUCUGAAGGGAGCUUGAACAGCUGGCAAAUGAAAGCAAAAUUUGAUAAAUUAACAUAUUGGAAUCAUGAUAGUCCUCCUUCAAAGGAUGAUGCCUUCUUGCGUUCUUUUCAUUGGUUUGCUGUUGCUGAAGCUCUGCACAAACCAGUAAAAGCUAAAGAUUUGACUGCUGCUUCUAUUGCUUUGGAAGAGAAAUGACUGAGCAAUAGCGACAUGUGUGGAGCAUCUUCUGAUCUUUAGCACCGUUUUUCUUCUGAUCUUUAGCACCGUUUUUCUUUCUUGUACCGGUUGUUGAGAAAAAAUUGAUAGGCUGAUAGAGAAAAAUGGAGAACAUCCCGUAAUCUUCAUCUA